AUGAGCGACCCCGUCGACCUCAAGAAGUCGACCGGCGCUGAUGCCGCGGAGGUUGAGCGGUACGUCGACACCCAGCACGAUGCCGACCUCGACGAGAAGGCCGGGAUCGCGGCCUUCAAGAAGGAUGCCAUUGAGGCUGAACAGGCCGAGCACAACAUGGGAGUGCUGGAGGCCGUGAAGUUGUACCCCAUGGCUUCACUCUGGGCUUUCAUCAUGUCCACGACCAUUAUCAUGGAGUCUUACUGCGUCUUCCUCAUGGGCGCUUUUGUCGCCAUGGACGAGUUCAAGAGCCAGUACGGUGUCCUCGACAAGAAAGGCGAAUACCAGAUUGAGGCAUCGUGGCAGUCUGCUCUCCAGGUCGGCGGUCCCCUCGGCGCCAUCAUCGGUGUCUGUAUCGCCGGUCCCAUCACCAGCCGCAUCGGAUACCGCUGGGCCACAAUUCUGGGCCUCAUGCUCCUGAACGCCUUCAUCUUCGUCUUCUACUUCGCCAACUCGCUCGCCCUCAUGUUCGUCAGCCAGCUUCUGGAGGGUGUUCCCUGGGGUAUCUUCAUUGCCAACGCCCCCGCGUACUGCAGUGAGAUCGUGCCCAUGAGACUGAGAGCCCCCGCCACCCAGAUGCUCCAGAUGUUCUGGGCCAUCGGCGCCAUCAUCGUCGGCAGUGUCUGCUACGUCUACGAGAGCAAGGCCGACUCCAGCGCCUACAGGGUUCCUAUCGCGCUCCAGUGGAUGUUCCCCACGCCCCUCGCCAUCCUCCUCUUCAUCGCCCCCGAGUCCCCUUGGUGGUUGGUCCGCAAGGGCCGUCUCGAGGACGCCGCCAAGGCUGUCCGCCGCCUCGGUCGUGCGUCGGCUACGAACGCUGAGGAGUCUAUUGCCAUGAUGCGCCGUACUAUCGAGCUCGAGAAGACCGAGAAGGAGCCCAGCUACGCCGAGCUGUUCAAGGGCACCGACACGUACCGCACCCUCAUCGUCUGCGGUGUCUACGCUGCUCAGAACUUGACCGGUAACCUCAUUGCCAACCAGGCCGUGUACUUCUUCAGACAGGCCGGUAUCGACUCGAACCUUGCCUUCGCCCUCGGUCUCAUCACCUCCGCCCUGCAGACGGUCUUCGUCAUGCUUUCCUGGAUUCUCACCACAUACCUCGGCCGCCGCACCAUCUAUGUUUGGGGUUCGCUCAUCAACGUCAUGUUCCUCAUCGCCCUUGGUAUCGCUGGAUCCGUGGGCACGUCUACUGCCGCCUCUUUGGCGAUGGCUUCCCUGGGUCUCAUCGUCUCGGUCGGUUUCACACUCGGACCCGCGCCCGCUUCGUGGGUCAUCAUCGCCGAGACAUCGGCUAUCCGCCUCCGUCCCCUCACCACUGGUAUCGGACGUGCCGCCUACUACGUCGUCAACAUUCCCUGCAUUUUCCUUUCCACCUACAUGCUCAACUCCACGGGUGUCGACUUGGGCGGCCGAUGCGGUUACGUCUGGGCUGCGACCGGUUUCGUCUGCUUCGUCAUUUCCUUCUUCUACCUCCCCGAGAUGAAGGGUCGCUCCGUCCGCGAGAUCGACAUCAUGUUCAAGCGCCGCAUCCCGGCUCGCAAGUGGAAGAAGACCGUCAUCGACAUCAACGACGACGAGUAA